AUGGAAGUUUUGUCGGAUGCGAUCGUGAGAAGUGUCUGGGGAGGUAGUUGGGUGAAAUAUGAUUGGGUCCCAGCAGCGGGAAGUGCCGGGGGCAUUCUACUCAUGUGGGAUGAUAGAAGCUUGGAGGUAAAGGAGAUUAGGAAAGGAGUUUUCUCUUUGGCAGCUCUUGUCAAAGAUAGAGUGAGUGGGGUAGAGUGGGGAUUUGGGGGAGUGUAUGGGCCGGUAGGGGAAGGGUCCAAGGUGUCUUUCUGGGAGGAACUGGCCAAUAUUAUGGGGGAAUGGGACAUUCCAUGGGUUCUAGGGGAAGACUUUAACACUAUUAGAUUCCCGGAGGAGAGAUUAGGGUGUAGUGUGAUUUCGAGGGCCAUGGAGGAGUUUUCUGACUUCAUCAAUGAUCACUUUCUCAUUGACCUUCCUCUGUCAGGGGAAAGGUUUACUUGGGUUGACUUCAGAUCAUUUGCCUAUUUUGCUAGAUGGAUGCAGAGGGAGGGGGUGCGUGCUCCCUUCCGAUUCGAAAACAUGUGGUUGAAAGUGCCAGGAUUCGGUCACAACGUGAAAGAAUGGUGGACAAGCUACGGGGUAUCAGGGUCACAUUCAUACCGUCUUUCGAAGAAACUCAAAUUGCUCAAGGGAGAUAUUCUUAGGUGGAAUAAGGAGGUUUUUGGGAGGGUAGAGGUUAAAAUAAGGGAGCUUAUGCAUGAAUUGGGGGAUUUAGACAGAGGGGAAGGGGCAGAGUAG